GGUGCCGGCACUGUUGUCGCUGGGAGUCGAAGUUGUGUGCUUUCCUCGUUGGACUUGCACUUUGCCAAUACCACGACCUCCGGUACUGCACUUGGAUUGGCGCCAGCAAAGGAACCGGCACAGCUUCUUACGCGGCUUCCCUCGCAACUACCUACGGACGCGUUCCAAACGCAACUUGAAGACGAGGCUCGCUCGGUAACAAGUUGGGCGAAAACAAUGGAGCAUGAACUGAACCCUCCUAGGCCCGUUGCGGUCUUUUCCUACCAAGUCGAGCCCGCAGAUUUGCAGGACCGCCGCUUUUCCACGCGAG